AUGUCUCUGGCCAAGGAACCUAUUAUCGAACUGACUGAUUUGGUGAGUCAAAAGAGAAUUUGAUCUUGGAAGGUUUACGUUACGGUAAGAGCUUGCAGUCCGAAUUCGAGCAUCUCGUCCGUCAGCAUCCGGAGAAGGUGAUAAUUCUCGACUUCUUCGCCACGUGGUGCGGACCAUGCAAAGCCAUUGCUCCGCUCUACAAGGAGCUGGCCGCCGAGCACAAAGGAGUCAUCUUCUGUAAAGUCGACGUAGACGAGGCGGUGAGUUUGAUGCGAAAUAGUUAGUUUAUGAGAAGAAAUGUUUCCAGGAUGAUCUUGCCUCCAAGUACGACGUGAAGCUCAUGCCGACGUUCGUCUUCACGAAGAACGGAGAGACAAUUGUGAGUCGUCCCCUUCGUUUUCCCCUGUCUAUCUGUAUGAUUCAGGAUACUCUGGAAGGUGGCGUCGAGGAAGAACUGCGUCGGAAAGUGCAGAAGAACGUUGCUCAGUGA